AGUCCAGCUGCUUGUGUAACACAAUCUCAAACUCUGAAACCGACCUUACAAGUUACUAGCAUUAGCCGAUUCGCAUUGAUUUUCUGUAGAACUACUAGAUCUAGAUCUAACUGCUGUAAAGCUAAGCCCUAGGAUAAGGAGCGCAAUCUAUUCUGUACUGCAAUCUAUUCUGUACUGCAGGAUCAUAUUUUAUUUAUUUCACUAUCCAUACAGGCCAGGCCCUGCACUGUUGACUGUCAUUUAUUUGUUGAGUGUAUGCAAUCAAAGAACUGGGGAAAUCAAGUUUAAAUUCCAGACGCAGUUAUAUCCCUUUAAAAAGAUCUAAACUAGAGGUUUUGAGAUUUGCAACAACCAUAUUCUCAUGACCUCAUGUAAUAUCACAAAGUAUCAAGAUAUUUGAAAACGUAAAGCCACAAGUACAAGAUGGACGGUGGACCUACAUUGCUAUUUUCCUUAUUACAACUUACUGACAGUGCUUUUCCUACAGGAAGCUUUUCUCACAGCUUAGGUCUUGAGACUUUUGUGCACAUUUCGGCAGUUAAAAGUUUUAAAGCAAAACUAACAGAAAUGGAUAAGAUGCUUGAAGCUUGCUCAACCAAUCAUAUUGCUAAAAGGGCCAGUACUCGGCAGGGGAGAACGUUUUUUGAGGUUUGCAAGCUCUUGUAUGCGGCAUCCAAUGAAAGUGUAUUCACCACCCUGAGUGAUCUCCCAUUCUGUCACUACCCAGUUGUUUAUGGGGCUGUUUUGGCAGGACUUGGUCUGGAUUUGGAAGUUACUCUGUCUUCCUUUAUUUUUGGUGUUUCAAGAACCUUGGUUUCCACUGCUGUUAGGCUGGAUGUUUUGGUGCAAUGGAGGGGCAAGAAGGUGCAACACAUCUUACAUCAAAAAAUGAAUCAAAGAAAGUGGAUGAAACAAGCAUUAAGUUUCCCUGUAAUGGACAUCCUUCAGAACUCCCAUGACAAAUUGUUUAGUAAAUUAUUUUACUCAUAGC